UUUCCCUUACUGGUAGAGGGGAUUUACCGGUUUGGACUAUUUGUGUCUAUUUUGUGAUACCCCAUCUCGUUGUCCAUAUAAAACUCUAUAAAAUAAAAUGCGGUCCCCUCCCGCUGAAAACAAACUUGCGCCUUUGAGCAGUUCUGUGAUGCAUUGGUAGUUCUAGCGGGGUAAAGUUUCACAACAUUUCGGCGGUCCCACAGGCACCUAGCUAGGCAGCUAGAUUCUCCGCCAAAGUUGUCUACCACAAUACGUGGCUACAGUCGGCCUAUAUGAGCUACCUCUCUUACGCUCGAUCCCCUCUGUCGGCCCAGCCGCUUCACCUCACCCACGUCCCCCCUCCUACCAAAGGACACAUGCCCAACCAUGACAUUCGCCCAGGCGUCGAAUUCAAAUGGCUCUGAACAUAUCACCGCAAACAUCACCGUCCCCUGCAUCUGCCAGAAUACUCCAUCCCCGCACAAUCUGCCCGCCUUCCUUCGACUUCCGCGCGAGCUGCGCGAUCUCAUCUAUGAGCACUACGUCCGAGUAGACGGCGGCUACGCGUAUCAGUUCAGGACCAACAAACUUACACAAUCCGAUGGGAAACCUAUUCUCCUCUCGCUUGCCCUUGCCAGUCGACAGGUCGCCUCCGAAAUGAGCGGAGUCGCUCUCCGUACUAAUACGAUUACGUUCUCGGCUCACUUUUCAGAAACCACCCGGGAGAAAGCAGGCCUGUUUCAUGAAGCUAUCCUACAAAUCACAAAACGAAAAGCUACUUUACUAAACGAACUGGCACAUCGACUUCUCACAUCCGAUAUGGUCGAGGUAGCAGCUACAUCGUACCCGCAGUUCAGCUCGAUUCUUGACUACUGGCGAGUGCGCGGCCGAAACCCUACCUUUACAAGGACGGAUUGCGGAGAGGCUCUAUCAAUCUGGAAUGAUUUCAUUCACUUCACGCUAGACUUAGUUUCGAAGCAUCCAAAAUUUGUCGACCAUGCAAAUAUCCCAGCUCCUGUUCUUUACCAUUACCAUGGCACCCAGGCGUUGGACAUUAAAGAUACGUCUCUCAAACCCUGGAAUCUGGUCGAUUCUGUAGAGCUCGAACGGCUAGCGAUCGUAGCGCAGGUUGAGGAGAAACAGCACUGGUACAAUGACAACAUAAGAUACUCUUAUUCUGCGGCAUCAACGGCUCUUCGUUUUCUCCACUCUGUUCCCAAGGCAACACGAGCGGCAAUUCGGAAAAUCGUUCUGCUAGAGGAUCGCCAGUCCGUAGCAAAGCCAGCUUGCCAUGGUAGAGGCUUCAUUCCCUUUUGUCGGGAAAAUCGAAACCUUCGUGUUGAGCGCUUCGUGAGCCUUUGGAAGAAUGCAUUCCCCAUUUCGCAACUUCGCACACCUCUCUACAUGAUUGCCACCCCAUUAUUUUUAGAAAGCGGUACCUUGGACGAUGAUCGUUUGCCUGCUAAUAGGACUACUAAGGCAGUGGGUACAUGGGUUGCAGAGGCAUUGGCUCUGCCUUCGCUUGGGAUGCCGGAAAACUCUUUCACGCUUGUCCUUGACGGCAACCCAACUCCAGAACACACCUCUGAGGUGUUCCGCGUGGUGCAGCGGGAUGUCGCCUGGCAGCUCGCUCUCGAUACUUGCUACACUCGUGGACUGCUACCUACACCUUCAUGGCUGGAUAGGCGACUCGGCGUUGGUUACAUGUACGAAGGGCUCCCUGAUGCGGUCCGAAACCUCUCGUUGAACGGAUCUCUUAUCCGAUGCAAUUUCGAUCCCGGCUCACCAUAUGAUGUCGACAGCUUGCUCGAGGAGCAUCGCGGUUGGUCUGCACAAGACUGGGAAGAAGGCUGGGCAACACACGAGCCUAGUGACUUCCAGACCGUGCCACCAUUGCCACCAUGGCACGUCCUCCGCUGGCAGAACGUUAUCAUUUAAAGUUCUUGCUGGAGUUCUGUAUCAUUAUAGUGAAAAGACAACCUGGUAUAUCUGCCGGCAUAUAAUCCACAGGUAUGGGGACUGUCAUUGUUUGCUAUUUCUUACUCGAUGUCGGGUUCGCGCAAGCUUUACGCGCAUAUUACAACUUUCAAUUAUGACAUUCAGCGACGCUUGCAUCUACAAACAUUACACUAUUGCUCUUGUUCACUUUCUAUAGUACGUAUCUUUCGCUCAGUCUUCAUCGCUCCAUUCUUGAUAUGUUGAGCGGCGCCCUGGCCUUCUCUCGGGACCGUCCCACCAAGUACAAGGCUUCGAACAAUGGCAACGAGGUGGACUACGCACGUAUUAGAAUAAUCUAGGAAUCUGAACACCCA